AGAAAUCUAGGUUUCUGCGUAGAUUAGCAGCUGUGAAUGUCACUGCAGUUAACUCAAAGAUUUUAUCAUACUGAAGAAACUGGUUGUUAUAAAUUUACUGCAGUAAUAAAACUUAUUAAGUUUUGAGGCUUACUGCUAAAGUUAAAAGCAAUUUUCAUUCAGGAAUGAGAAGUGGUACUGUUAGAAACAUGUACAUGUAUAACAAUCCACCAUGUGCUCCUUGGGCUGCGCACCCUGGCAACGGCGCUGUCUAUCCAAAUGGACCCCAAUAUCAGGGUCAGCCAAGACAUCCUUUGCCCUACAAUAUGGUCCCACCUGUCCAAUAUCAGCCAGGACCUAGUUGGCAGGGCCCAGGACCAUCUAGACCUAGAGGUAGAGGCUACAGAAGGGGUCGUGGUGCGGGUCAUUUUAAUGGCAACAGCAACAGAGUUGAUACAAGAAACAAUAUAGAGGAACCAUUGAAGUAUGUUUGUUGCAAAUGUGGAGAACAGUUGCAGAAUUCUGAAGAACCUGGUAUUCACUUGUGUGAUGGUGGUAAUGAAGUGAUUAUAAAUGAUGCAAGAGUUAGAGAAGAUAAAAAAGAAGCAAAAACAGAACAAGGAAAGGAAGAAGAACUUGAUGCUAGGCUGGAGAGACUACUGGAGAAUCUGAAAGACUUUGUGCGGAGUAAGUACGAGUCUGUUACAGAGGCUCUGGAAGGAUAUGUAUCUGACAAGAUUGAUGAAAUAACAACGAUACACAGGGAAAAUAUAGAGGAAAAGGCUGCACUUGAGAAAUUGAAGAAAGAACUUGAAAGCAAGGCCAAUGCAUUAAUGAAACAAGAAAAGGAUCUAAAAGAAAAACAAAGACGGUUGUCCAAGGACCAAGAUGCAUUCAAGCGUGAAAUGAAAAAAGAUCGUGAAGAAGUGUGUCGCCAAUGGCAACAACUAAGAGAUGAAAUCACUCGCAUGGAGGAGAUGCAUAAGAUACAAAAGGGUAGGGUGAAACUUGACGUUGGGGGUCAUGUGUACACAACAUCAUUGUUGACGUUAACAAGGGAGUCCGACUCCAUGUUAGCCGCCAUGUUUAGUGGAAGACAUGAGCUGUUAAAGGAAGAGGAUGGCUGUGUGUUUAUCGACAGAGAUGGCACCCAUUUCCGAUAUGUGUUGAACUAUCUCCGAGACGGCGGAGUCAAUAUGGAUUGUUUACCCAGAGACAGACAACUCUUGAGGGAAUUGAAGAAAGAAGCCACCUACUACCAGUUACAUGGUCUUUUGCAACAAAUUGAAAAAUGUCUCUAUUGAUGUUUGACAAUAAUGACUCACAAUCUGAAAACAGAGAGACUCGGGGAUAAACUUUUUAGGACUAUCGUUAGCAAAAAGAACUACUGUAUUCAGAAUGAGAAAAUUGUAUGGAAGAGAAAUUUGGCAGCAAAUAAUGACUAAUAAAGUGUAGUAUUUUGUUCUGUUUGUGAAAUGGCAUAUUGUCGUGGGGUUUCCUUUCAAUAUUUUGCUGUAUUAGACUCUCCAAAUUGGUUUUGAGGAUGUGUUUACGGAAAUUCCUUGUAAUUUCUACCUGUCCGCGAUAGAAGAUCAGUGUGAAGUUAAAGACUGCAUUGAAGACAAAGCCCUACUGUUUGGGGAGUGUUUAAGCUGGUCUUAUAUUUGUCAUCUUGUUCCAGCUAUCGCAUAGAUUGCUAAUGAAUUGAUCGCUGUCGGUGGCGGUGGCUCAGUCUGUCCUGUCAGUAAACGUCUUAAUAGAAUAGAUUAGAACGGGUCUGUAACGACUCUCUUGUCUGUUGGACAGAAGUGCAGUGUGAGAGCAGUAAAGAAGAUGCAUAGAAACAUCGAAUUGAAUAAAAUGAUAUACGAGGUUAUUUUUUUUUUAAAUCAGGUUAAGAAAAGGUCUAAUAGUAGACAUGUGUAUAUAGUUUAAAAAGAACAGUGUCAGUGAUGAAGUAAGUUUUUGAAGUAGAAAAAUGUUACAGAAACUCGAUUUGUUUAAAUGUAUUACUCGUGUAUUUUUGUCAAACUCGUACGGUGAUUUUAAUUUUUGAUAUAAUUGUGUUAAUAACUCAUCGAAUGAAAGCAUUUCUUGUGAAUGUCCAGUGUUGCAUGGGUAAUAAAAAAAUAGUUAUACUGUCAUGUACUGGUCAUGUUGAUACAUAUGCAAAUUCCAUUUAAUUCGAUCAAUACACAAUUCGUUAUAAAUGCUUUGCAUGUGGUAAUAUAUUUCAGUGCAUAUUUUAUCUUAUCAUAGGAAAAUUUUGUUCUUUCUUCAGAAUGAAGAACUUGAAAGAUAACAUUUUAUUAUAGAUUUAAGUGUUUACGUUCAUACUUGCACCUUGCUUUGAUACAAUGUUAAGUUUUACAAUCUUGCUACUGUUUAAUGUUAAGUAGAAAAGAUUAAGUUUUUUGUUACAAAACAAUUUUGGAGUAAGACAAACUGGUGGUUCUAUAAAUAUAUGCCAUAAUUACGUAUAAAUGAUUAUAUUCCAUGGAUUUCUAGUUUUCUUUAAAAACCAAAUAUACCUGUACUUUAUUUGUGCUUGUAGAUCUUUUUGCUUGUAGUUAUGAGUGGAUAUGUGCAGACUAUACAUUUUAUAAUUGAUAUUUUCAUUUUCCAGAUUUCUUUCAUCGAGGGAACCAAUUAAAAUGCUUCAUUUAUA